CCGAGAUAGAGAAAAUGUAUUUUUAUUUCUUUUGCUGUUUGAGAAAAUAUCAUUUUCUUCAAGAAAAAUUCUUCAGGUUUUACUUGCCAAAAGUUUGGAGAGUGCCGAGUAAAAAGCAGCAGAUUGUUCCUGAAACAAAUAAUGGUACUAGAAAAAGGUAAGUACCUACUUAAUUUGAAUAUUAUGUAGUAGAAGAUUCUAUAUUCUAUGGCUAAUACUAUUAAUUCAAAAAUGGCGACAGUGACGGCUUUUACAAAUAAUUGGCUCUGUUAUGACACUAUUCUUGGAGAAGGAGCAUAUGGAGAGGUCAAACUCUUAGUUAACAAAAGUACAGAGCAGAAAGUUGCCUGCAAAAUCAUCGAGCAUUACAAACAUAAGGACGCCAGAGAGAAAGUUAAGAAAGAAGUCAUGAUACACAAAAUGCUUGAUCACGAGAAUAUUAUUAAAUAUUUUGGUAGAAGACAUGAACCUGAAAAGGAAUAUAUAUUUUUGGAGUAUGCUUCUGGUGGAGAACUUUUCGACAUAAUAGGUGCGUAUUUGUAUUGUAAUGCUGAUAUUAUUAGUAUUAUUACAAUGUUGUAUUUCCUAUUACGAUUUAGAACUCAGCACAUAAAGUCUCCUUUUGAACCUGAUGUUGGCAUGCCCCCAGCAAAUGCUCAGUAUUUCAUGAAGCACUUACUUAGUGGCGUAGACUAUUUACAUCAAAAAGGAAUUGCACACAGAGACAUAAAACCUGAAAAUUUACUCAUAGAUGGUCGAGGAGUUUUAAAAAUUAGUGAUUUUGGAUUGGCAACUAUUUUCAUGUUAGACGGCAAGGAACGCACGCUUUGGAAACCAUGUGGAACGAAACCUUAUACAGCACCGGAAGUUAGACAAAAGUGCUAUUCUGCCAGACCAGCAGAUUUAUGGAGCUGUGGCAUCGUUCUUGUAGCUAUGUUGACAGGCGAGUUGCCGUGGGUCGAAGCUUUAAGUACUGAUGAAGAUUUUUCACGAUGGUGUACCGACUACUGUUUAACUGCCGCUCCGUGGUCAAAGCUUGGCAACACAGCUCUGAGUUUGAUAAGACAAAUAUUAAAUCAAGACAGACAGAAAAGACUUACUUUGAAACAGAUUCUCCGACAUCCAUGGAUGAAAUUUGACUUUGGAAAUGAUGGCGACUUAAAAACAGAAUCUGAUGGCAUCCCGAUGAAUUUUACAGCAGCCGAAACAAAUAAUUACAAUCGGGAAAUAACUGAAGCUACUAUAUCUCAACCCGUAAUGGUUACACGUCCAUCUUGUGUUGAUGAAUUAGUCAAUGAAGUUGCAACAAACAAAAAAAAAUAUGUAUGCUUCUCAGAGCCUACAAAAAUCGAUGAUUUUAUUUUGCAGUUGACUCAAACUCCAGUAGAAAAGUCGAAUUUUCACAAUUUGGUGAAAAGGACGACGAGAUUUUAUGUAUUGUGCAAUCGGAAGGAAGCUUUGGAUUAUCUUGAAUCGGUUUUGGAUGGUUUACGUUACUCUUGGGCUUUAGAUUGUACAGGAACGAUGACAAUUUGCACAGUAGAUUUUCGUAAAAACCCAUUAGUCUUUAAAAUGAAUUUAUUCGAUAUGGAUGGCAAAAUACUAAUGGAUUUUCGAUUAUCCAAAGGCUGCGGAAUAGAAUUUAAAAGGAAAAUUAUUAAGCUUAAAAGUUGCCUUUCAAAUAUUAUUCAAAAGUCGGAAGUACAUAGCUCCACCACAGCUUUUUCUACUCCCAGCACAACUUCAUCACUUCAAUAAAAUAGGAAUUAAAUUCAUAUAUGUAUAGUUGAGUGACUAUAUUAUGCUAAGAGUAUAACGUAUAACUUAUUAUUUAUUUUUUUAAUAGUGAAAUUAAAUUCAAAACCAUAGUUCAACCACUUUCCAUCUUAGUAUAAGAUAUCGAUUAGUUGUCAUAUACCAUAACGUAAUAUCUUUGGUAAUAUUAUAAGUAUUGUGCAUUAACGUUUUUCCAAUAUUUUUGUUGUUAGAAUUAGGUUAUAUUUAGUAUCACUAAACUAAAAACUAAGAUACAGUCAUUUUUGUGUUCUGGUUUAGAUUUGAUUUGACUCAGAUAAAGAUAAGUAUAGUUAAGUAUUUGGAUUUUCAGUAACAAGGUUAAUUUUGCCAAGAGCAAAUAAAAAUAGAAUUUUCACAAUUUUUUUAUCGAUUGUGUAUUAUUUCAUUUUGAGAAAUAUAUAAAAUAACAUAUAGGCGCCGGCUUUCUAAAAUCUGUAUGGGUGCUUAGCCAAAGGCGGCAUAAAAUAGCUAAAGGCUUAUUUUUGGUGCCACUCCCAAUCCCUUAUUAAGGAUAUUCUUCUUUUUUUUUU